AUGGAGCCUCCGCUGCUCCUGCUGCUCCUGCUGCUCCCCCGUAGAACGGACCCGGCCCCCGCCAAGGAGCUCUUCCCCCUGCCCGCCAGCGUCUUGCGAGCGUUGUCCAGCCGCGGCACCUUGGUGCUUGAAGCUGCCAUGAAGGCCGCCCUGCUUUCCCUGGAGGAGGCCCUGUCGGAGCACGGCCGGCGCCUGCAGGAGUGCCAGCGGUGCGGAUUCUGCCACGUGGGGGACUGCGGGAAUCGGAGCAGGCCUUGUACCCAGCCGGGAAACGAUGUGGAGGAUUCGAACUCAGUGGCUGAUCCGCCUGUUCCAGAAUCCUGUGGGCACCGUGUGGUCCCUGCCCCCAACGUGACUCUGCCGAAGGGGAAGAUUGUGGGCGGCAGUCGUGCAAAGCCAGGUGCCUGGCCAUGGCUGGUGUCGGUGCUGCUGAACGGAGAGCUGAUGUGCAGCGGGGUGUUGGUGGGCAGUGCUUGGAUUGUCACAGCUGCCCACUGCUUCACCGGAAGCCGAAAUGAGCUGGCCUGGUCCGUGGUCCUGGGUGACUAUGAUCUAACCAAGUGGGAUGAAGGCGAACAGGUAGUGCCCAUCAGCCGCAUCCUGCCGCACCCCAAGUUCGACCCCAACACUUUCCACGCGGACGUGGCUUUGCUGGAACUGAGUGCUCCCGUGCGCCCCUCGGCCUGGGUGGCCCCCGUGUGCCUCCCGGAACGGGCCGUGGAGGUGAGCCAGGAGGCCCUGUGCUAUAUCGUCGGCUGGGGCUCGCUCUAUGAAGACGGGCCGCCUGCUGAGGUCGUCAUGGAAGCUCGGGUGCCCAUCCUGGCCCCGGACCUUUGCCGUGGGGCUCUAGGGAGCCAGCUGGUGAGCGGCGCCAUGUUUUGUGCUGGGUACCUCUCUGGUGGCAUCGACUCUUGCCAGGGGGAUUCGGGAGGCCCCCUGAUGUGCUGGGACCCUUCGCUGGAGCGCUACGUCUUGUAUGGAAUUACUUCCUGGGGCUCUGGCUGCGGGGAACGUGGGAAACCGGGAGUGUACACUCGUAUCCCUGCCUUUGCAGACUGGAUCCGACAACAGAUGGAGAGAUCUCCCUCCAGCCGGGAGCCCAGCUGUUCAGAAUGGCUGGCUGCUGUUCGGAAGCCGGGAGACAAACAGCUGGCAGAAGUCCGUCACUUAUGCGCCUUCUAUGCGCAGCCUUGUGCCUGGUCGUCCAGCCCAGCAGCUUGUGCCCAGGCUGCCGAGGAGAAGUGCAAGGGGAAGAGACAGCAAUGUGAGCUUCGUUCCUACCUCCAGACCCUACUGGAUUUCCUCCGCCAGGCCGAAGCGUUCUUCCGUACCCGGAUCGACUUUUCCUUCUUCACACAUUCCGUUCCCCGGUUUGUGGAACAAAUUUAUGGGUAUUUCUUCUCCCCGCAAGGGCACCUGGACGCCCAAGGCACCGGGCCCAACCUGGCUGACUGGGUGCAGGAGCUGAGCACCCCAGCUGAGCGUUUUGCAGCAGCUGCACCUGUUGGACAGGAGACCCAGCAUUUCCUACAGGUAUGGGAAUCGGAGCCAGAGAAGCAAAAUGUCAACUUGUAA